AUGGAACUAUUCAAGCGAAAGGUUAUUGCAAGCGACCAAAGUGACGAUUCGAAUCAAAGCGCGCUCGAGAGCAAGGUCGAGAGCAGCGACAAUCUUCUGUCAAGCAACGGAUCCCCGCGUCCAAUCCCUGUGCGCAGACGCCAAUCUGUCUCUUGUGGCGCGCCGCAGGACGUCGAUGAGAAUGGCGAGCCUGUGAUUUCGUUUGGCGAGCCGCUGCAUGUCAGCGUGUCGCGCGGCACAGAGCGAUUUAGGUCGAUCCAGCGCUCGUACAGCAAGCCGCUGUCACUCGGUGACGAGGAGGAGGGGGCCGGCAUGACAGGCCCCGGCGGCGAGCUGGCCACGGGCAUGCCUGGGGGGCGCUUCGACCUGACAACGUGGCUGACGGGGCGGCAGCAGAAGCUGGGCCCGCCGUUUGCCAAGCGCAUCGGCCUUGUGUUUGACGACCUGAACGUUUACGGUGAUAACGUCGGAGACAGGCAUAUCGCCACUGUCAUCACGCCUAUCUACAAGAUUUUCAAGACUGCAGCGCGCGGAUUUGGCAUCAAGCAGCUGUUCAACAAGACGGACAAGACGCGGCUGCUGCUCAAAAACAUGUCGGGCGUUGUGGCUGACGGAGAGAUGUUGCUUGUGCUCGGCCGCCCGGGGUCCGGCUGCUCGACCCUCUUGCGCGUGCUGGGCAACCGCCGCCACACCUACCGCCGCAUUGACGGCAAGGUGUCGUACGGUGGCCUGGAGCCCGAGGAGGUCGAGAAGCACUAUCGUGGCGAGGUCGCCUACAACCAGGAGGACGACGUGCACUUCCCGACACUGACCGUACGCAAAACGCUGCAGUUUGCCGUCCAGUGCAAGACGCCCAGCAAGCGCAUGCUACAGGACCGCGAGGGUUACCAGAAGGAGUUCCUCGACACAUUGCUCGACAUGUACGGCCUAACCAGAUGUGCCGACACCAUUGUCGGUAAUGCCUUCAUGCGCGGCGUAUCCGGCGGCGAGCGCAAGCGCGUCAGUAUCGCCGAGCAGGUCGCGUCAGGCGCAUCCAUCGACAUUUGGGACGGCAGUACCAAGGGCCUUGACUCAAGCUCGGCACUGGACUAUGUGCGCUCGCUGCGCAUCACUACCGACGUGCUGCACAAGUCGACGGUGGUCACGCUGUAUCAGGCGUCCGAGAACAUCUACGAACUGUUCGACAAGGUCUCAGUCAUCGACGAGGGUCGCCAGCUGUACUACGGCCCCGCCGACCGGGCCGUCGCGUACUUUGAGAGCAUCGGCAUUGAGAAGCCGGCUCGCCAGACCACUUCUGACUUUUUGACGGGUGUCACGCAGCCGCACGAGCGCCGCGUGCUGCCGGGCUGGGAGGGCAAGGUGCCGACGACUGCCGAGGAGUUUGAGCGUGUGUGGAACCAGUCGCAGGAGUAUCACAACGUCAAGCAGCAGGUCACGGCCUUUGAGCUGCAGAUGGAGCAGGACGGCCGCAGCAAUGAGAUCCCUCACCAAGCUGCUCAAGCGCGAGUGGGAGAUUUUCUGGGCAGCAAGGCGAUCAUCAUCUUCAAGCUGGUUUUCAACAUGUCCUUUGCCGUCAUCGUCGGUACGCUGUACCUCAACCUGCCUGACACCUCUGGAGGUGCCUUCACUCGAGGCGGCCUGCUUUUCUUUGCUCUUCUGUUCAACUCGCUGUCUGCCCAGGCCGAGAUCCCCAAGGCCAUCACUGGCCGCGAGGUUGUUUAUAAGCACAAGUCGUUUGCCAUGUACCACCCUGCCGCGCUGUCGCUGGCGCAGACCGUCGUCGACAUUCCGUUCAUGGUUGUGCAGAUUAUUUUGUUCAGCAUCAUCCUCUACUUCUCAACCGGCCUCGAGCGGACCGCCGCUCAGUUUUUUGUCUUCUUACUCUACCUGUUUGUCGGCUGCCUCUGCCUGACGUCGUUCUUCCGCAUGAUUGGUAACAUCUCGCCUAACGUCGACAUUGCGCACACGCUGUCCGGAAUAUCCCUGCUGUUCAUGAUUCUCCUCAUCGGCUACAUGCAGCCGCCAGGCUCGAUGCACCCAUGGUUCAAGUGGAUCUACUGGAUCAACCCGCUGGCAUACGGUUUCAAGGCGCUUAUGUGCAAUGAGUUCCGCAAUCUGCGCCUGCGCUGCUCUGGAACGAGCCUUGUUCCCAGCGGCUCGGCCUUCACCAGCAUCUCGAACCAGGUGUGCACGCUGCAGGGCGCCAAGCCGGGCGAGGAAUAUGUGCUCGGCCGCGACUACCUGGCUGCGGGCUACGAGUUCUACAUCAGCGACCAGUGGAUCAACUUUGUCGCCGUCCUGUGCUUCUGGCUGCUGUUUGUCAUCUGCAUCGCCCUUGUCAUGGAGUACGUCGAGUUUGGCAACACCGGCUACUCAAUCAACGUCUACAAGCGCCGCCGCCCCAAGGCCAAUGUCGUCACCGCUGAUAACGUCGACAGCGGGGACAGCAAGGAGGCCAACCUGUUUGCUGACAUCCCUGAGAGCGGCCCCACUGACGACCAGAUUUUGUCCGGCACCACGUUCACUUGGAAGGAUAUCGACUACACCGUCCCUGUCAAGGGCGGCGACCUCCAGCUACUCAACCACGUCUCCGGCUACAUCAAACCGGGCACAAUGACCGCGCUGAUGGGCUCAUCGGGUGCCGGAAAAACUACCCUGCUGGAUUCUCUGUCACAGCGCAAGACCAUUGGCAAGCUCGAGGGCGAGAUGCUGAUGAAUGGCGCGCCGCAGCCCAAGAGCUUCCGCCGCAUCACCGGUUACUGCGAGCAGCUAGACGUGCACAACCCGCACGCCACUGUGCGCGAGGCACUGCGCUUUUCUGCGAUUUUGCGCCAGCCCGACACUGUCCCCGAGUCCGAGAAAAUGGACUAUGUUGAGCGUGUCAUCUACCUUCUUGGUAUGGCCGACAUUUCGGACUGCCUGAUCGGCGACCCCGACUCGGGCGAGGGUAUCUCGCUGGAGGAGCGCAAGCGCCUGACCAUUGGUAUCGAGCUGGUGUCGAAGCCAAAGAUCCUGUUCCUCGACGAGCCCACAUCGGGACUCGACGCGCAGGCCUCUUUCAAGAUUGUCCAGUUUAUGCGCAAGCUUGUCGCCAAUGGCCAGACCAUCCUAUGCACAAUCCACCAGCCGUCGGCCAUCCUGUUCGAGCAGUUCGACCGCCUGCUGCUCCUUGUGCGCGGCGGCCACACUGUUUACUUUGGCAACCUCGGCGAGGACGCACAGACCCUGGUUCAAUACUUUGAGAAGAAUGUUGACUGGCCGCAGGUGUGGGAGAGUUCCAACGAGAAGCGCGUCAUCAUGUCUGAGAUUGACCGCAUCAACGAGUUGCAGAGCUCCAAUGGAAACAACCAGGGCAGCGCCGAUGACGACAAGGUCUACGCGCGGAGCCACUUGUUCCAGAUCAAAGCUGUCACCCAACGGAUGUUUGUCACGUUCUGGCGCAACACUGAAUACAACCUAACCCGCCUGGCGCUGCAGAUCAUGUGCGCGAUGAUUGUCGGAUUCACCUUCUACAAGCUCAACGACGGCGCUAUCGACCUGCAGAACAAGGUGUUUGCCAUCUUCGAGUGCUCCGUGCUGUCCAUCCUGAUUAUCAACCAGGUGCAGCCCGAGUUCUUGCGCCAGAGACAAUACUACAGCCGCGAGACGUCGACCAACCAGUACGGAUGGCGCGCCUUUGCCUUUGCCAUCAUCUUUACCGAGUGGCCAUUCUCGUUCGUGGCCAACACGCUCUUCUUUGUGAGUUUCUACUGGACCGUCGGGCUCAACAGCAUCACUGACCGCAUUGGGUACUUCUACAUUGCGUACAUCAUUCUGGGCAUGUUCUCACUGACACUUGGCCAGGCCAUUGCCUCAUUUGCGCCCAACGACAUUGUCGCAGCCAUGCUCAACCCCAUUUUCACGGCCAUGAUCAUGCUGUUCUGCGGUGUCACCAUCCCGUACGCCGCGAUGCCCAAGUUCUGGCGCGCAUGGAUGUACUGGCUGUCUCCCUACAUGUACUACAUUGAGGGCGUCAUCACCAACGACCUGCAUGGGUCUGUUGUCAAGUGUCGCGCCAAUGAGUUCUACAUUUUCGAGCCGCCAUCCGGCCAGACUUGCCUCGAGUACGCCGGCGACUGGAUUAAAACGGCCAGUGGAUACAUCAACAACCCCGAGUCCACGUCAUCGUGCCAGUACUGCUCGUUCAAGGUUGGUGAUGAGUUCUACGAGUCGCUCAGCUGGAGCUUUACUCAUCGCUGGCGUAACAUUGGUAUUCUUUUGGGAUUCAUUGUGUUCAAUGUCGCCUUUACUGUUCUGAUGAUCCGCAUCUACAAAGUCAACAAGCGUUAG